AUGUCGUCAGCUGGCAGUGGAAACGAAUCCAACAACAGUCCGGUUGAUCAAAAUCCUGAUGAGACUAUACGUCAUGAGCUCAACACCCUUCCAUGGGAUGCGCUUAUAGGAUCAGAGGAAGCGAAAUGUAUCCAAUCCAAAACUAAGCCUCCCGUCAUCAAGGAUUUAAUGGUUCAGUGUGGGCGUUGUCACAAAUGGAGACUCAUACCCUCGAUGGAGAAGUAUGAAAUCUUAAGGGAAAAACAUGUCGAAAACCCCUUUGUCUGUGAGACAGCUUCCGAGUGGAAGCCAAAUAUGUCUUGUGAUGUUCCUGGAGAUAAAACAUCAUGUAGUAUCUGGGCUAUUGAUGUGCCUAGCAUCCCUCGCCCGCCGACCGGCUGGAAACGUAUAGUAAAGGUUCGGCGUGAGAGUGAAAAAUUCGCCGAUGUCUACUAUUAUCCUCCUUCUCCAUUAUCAAAAGAGAGGCUUCGAUCACCAUCCGAAGUCAAAAAGUUCUUGAAUGACCACCCCGAAUACAUAAGAGAAGGUGUUAAUCUUUCUCAAUUCUCCUUCCAAUUGCCAAGACCCCUUGCCGAUAACUAUGUGAAGAAGCGUACUCGUCAAGACAGUACCCUCCAAAAAGUCCAAAAUAUCAAUAACAUCAUCUUCUUUGCCCGGAGUACGCCCGAGCCGUGGUCACUCAGCAACGGUAACCCAGAAAAACCGAAACCGAGAUACGAGAAGCAUGAUGACAUGCAAUAUGGAUGUCCAUUGGAUAUAAAUGAUCCAGGUUAG